ACAAUUAGUAAGGGUGGUAUUAUUGAGAGAAUAGCUUGUGGAUUGUCUAAACGGCACAUACUGGAUUCUCUGAAGGUAAGUAGCCCACAUCUGUACACAUUACGUCUGUAUUCAUAAAUGUUUGUAGACUACAACAUUUUGUAUAACAUGCUUUUUAAAAAUGUUUUUCCACAGCUUAAAUGUUUGUUGUUGUUGGCAAAACCCCUCUUAUUGUGAUUAAUUCGUUUUAAAUAUUUAACUUAGUUCCACUAGGUAUAAAAACCAAUAUGCACCUUUUGGUAUGUAGCUUAAUACUACAUUUGCCAAUAUUUGCUCCAAGCCCCUGGCAAAUAUCAUUUGAAUGAAUGUGUCAUGCCAUUAGAACAAUGGUACAAAUGUAUAUGCUGAAUAUUCAUUCAUGAACAAAAUAACAACAUUUAUAAUAAUAAGCUUACAAUGACAAUGUGUCUCUCUUUUCUUUUGAGAUUUAAGGAUCCUAGUUGAUGACAAUUUCAGAUUAGCACUUGGAUCCGUUUCAAAGGUUAUGAAAGUUGCUUGUCACACCCAUAGAAGCAGAAAUAUUAUGCCAACCAGAUGACUUUGAAUUGUGACAGUGCACAUGUCCUAGGAACUUAAAACAUGCAAAAGUUAAUUCACUUGUCACAUAAAUCUGCACUUGAGUGACUGUGACUGCCUGCAUAGAGUGAUUCACUGAUCUCAUGGUCUGAAUAGUUGGUCAAUGCUAUGCCACAUAUUGUAAGAUGUGAAAAUGUGAUGCGAUAGAAAAUGUAAAAUAUAUUUUGAAAACCACCAAAAGGAAAACAUUAGUCAGACACUAAUGGCGUUAUUAUCUUUAAAUAAUUUAUUGAGCAAAUGUUUAUAAGAUGUAUUAGACAUUCGUCUAAUCGAAGGCAGGAUAAAUCAUUAUCAAAUUACCUAGUUUUGUAAAUACUGUAUAUGAAAUAUGCCAUCAGUGACUUGAAGUGUCAUUAUUGAUGAAUUGUAUUGAAGUGUCAUUCUUGAUGAAUUGUAAGUCGCUCUGGAUAAGAGCGUCUGCUAAAUGACAAAAACAUUAAAAAAAUAUAUUUAUAUAAUGUGUCAUGACGCGUCCAUUGGACAAAAUCAUGUUCGUCUAGUUAAAAGCAGCAUAAACAUGUAUUACAACAUGUAUACAUAAAUGAAGGCAACCUCAACUCGCCCUAGCAUAGCAUUCAACAGAUUGUUUAGGACAGAAAUCAUUAUUAACUUUUCAAAAUGUACAUUAACUCAUUAAUUUAGGGUCCGCAAAUAUUCUCAUAUUUACUAUAUUGAAAUUACGGUUUUAAAUCGCUUUCUCUGAAUUCCAGGAACGCAGUGUCUGAAUUCAUUCACCAUGGGGAGAGAGGAUGGGGGCAUACCAGACUCUCUACCAACCAUCCCUGAGGGUAACGUCUGUUUCACAUAAUUUACUGUCUUAUUUAUUAGCAUAGGAUUCCUAGUUAAGAGUAGAUUAGAAGGAGUUGUGGUUGACUGAUACAAUCAGUAGGUUAAAUAAAAUAAUUCUGUACAGUCAGUACACCAAAGUGAGAGGUAUCUUUCAACCUGGUCUCAGAGCAUUUCGUAUUAUUCUCUAUGUAAAUCAUAAAAUUCAAUUUAGUAUGAUAUCAAAUAAAAUCAAAUCAAAUCAAAUGUUAUUGGUCACAUACACAUGUUUAGCAGAUGUUAUUGCGGGUGUAUCGAAAUGCUUGUGUUUCUAGCUCCAACAGUGCAGUAAUAUCUAACAAGUAAUAUCUAACAAUUUCACAACAGUACACACAAUACACACAAAUCUAAAGUAAAGGAAUUAAGAAUAUAUAAAUAAAUAUUUGGAUGAGCAAUGUCGGAGCGGCAUAGACUAAAAUACAAUAGAAUAUGUUACGUUUUUUUAUGGUAUGUAUUAAUUUGUGGAUGUCCAUCACCCAUUUUGUAUAUGACAUGUUACGAAUUACUAUUCGUAUUAUAUGUUACGAAUUUGCUAAAUGUACAAUAUGUUCUGAAUUUGCAAAAAGUAGGAUAUGUAAUGAAUUCUAGCUAGGUGGCUAGGUGGCUAAGGUUAGCUAGCUUGCUAACGUUAGCUAGGCUAGGGGUAAGGUUUAUGGGUUAGGGUUAAGGUUAGGGUUAAGUUAGGAGUUAGGUUAAAGGGUUAAGGUUAGGGUUAGGGUUAUGGGAAGGGUAACUAAAAGGGUUAAGGUUAGGGUUAGGGGAAGGGUUAGUUAAAAGGGUUAAGGUUAGGGGAAGGGUUAGCUAACAUACUAAUUUGAGUGUCCCGAAUUUACAUUUACUAUGUUAUGUCUAAUCUAUGAGACCAAGCUGCCUCAUUGGACAGCAGGUAGCCUAGCGGUUGAGAGCAUUGGACCAAUAACCGAAAGGUCGGUGGUUUGAAUCCUGGAGCUGACUGGGUGAAAAAUCUGUUUAUGUGUCCUUCAGCAAGGCCCUUAACCCUAAUUGUCACUGUAAAUCGCGCAGGAUAAAGAGUGUCUGUUUAAAUGAUGUAAAUGUUCAAUUUAUCAUUGGUAAAUGUUUAAUUGAUUCAGAGGUAUUUGAAAAAGGUUACCCCAAGCUGGCCAUCGAUGAGGAUAAGAAGCCUCAGGAGCGGAUGACAGAGGGGCUGCCAACUGUUGACACAGAGCGCAAGCCAAAGAAGGGCCUGGGGUAAGCAACAUUGCCAUAAUGGUAUUCCUACAUUAUUCCUGUCACAGUGUGCUAGUACUGUUAAAUAUAUUUUGUUUGCUCAUUAAUCUAUGUUUCAUUUUCAAGAAGGAAGAAAAAAGAACCUGCAAAAGCAGUUGGAUUUUUCCAGUUGGUAUGUCGUGACUUUGGUUUCAGAUAUAGUAGGAAAUACACAACAAUCUUUUGGCAAUCUGCACAUACACUAUAGUACAUAUAGUAUAUGUCAAAAUGUGAUAAUUUGUUACAAGUGAUCAUGACAAGAUUCAUAUUCUCCAGUCAUUCCAAUGUCGGCUGCAUAUGACAGUGGUUUUCUGUGUGUUGUGGUUGUAGUUCCGCUACGCCACGGGUUGUGAGGUGCUCCUAAUGAUAAUCGGCCUGCUAUGUGCUGCCCUCCACGGGAUAGCGCUGCCCCUUAUGUGUGUCGUGUUUGGACAGAUGACCGACAGCUUUGUACAAAGUGGACAGCGGCUCAACGUUACAGGUACAAAUUCUGUUUGACAAGGUACAUAUGUAGGAUCUUAAUUUGAUCACUCUGUUACAGGACAUUUAAAACUUCAAAUCAAAACACAUUUUAUUCAUCACAUGCUUCGUAAAAAACAGGUGUAAACUAAGGGCUCUAUUUUAACAAACCUAAUGCAAUGGUACAUCUAAGUGCUGGAGGUAGGGCUUUAGGUUGGGGGUUUUGUCAGAAAUAUAUUUUCUAUUUUCACAACCCAAAAUUAUCCGUGCAGUGCUGAAGGUGGCGAGAAAGGGCUGGGUUUUUUGACAAUUAAACCAGUUGUGGGUGUGUCAGGCUUGGCCCCUCACUGGCCAUUCAGAAAGUGCUCCAUGGCUAAAUAUUUGGUCUAUUCAAGUUGUGUAUUUAUGGUAUUUUAUGUAUUGCCUUGGAAUCAACUCCAAUUCCAAAGUUAGUCCAUUAUAGUUUGUUAAACAGCUUACAGAAAUAAUAAAAUGUAGACCUAUCCCAUCUUUGCUAAAUAUGUUAACUUGAACCUGUUUGCAGUCACCAUUGUUCAAAGUAAUUGCAUGGCUUCAAUGUGGACAUAUAUACAUAGCAUUCGCACUGAUAUCGGGGCUAGCCAAAAGUUGUCAAUAGGCAAGAUACAAUUCAUUAUUGAUAAGGCCUAAAAAGAGAGCGAAUAAUUCUAAUCACAUUUUAAACAAAACAACAACUUGUUUUAAAUAGGCUAUUUCCAAAUACACUUACAGGCACCAUAAUUGCUCCCAGUGAGCAUAUAAUAUUAAAACAACGCAGACUAUGGAGGGUUUUACACACAUCCAAACUUUUCACAGUAGUUGGACAAAGAUCCAAUAUAAAGAGAAAUGGAGGGGUCUCCCCAGUAGCACAGUGGUCUAUGGCACUGCAUCGCACUACAGACCCGGGUUCGAUCCCACUUUACCUCUCCCGAACCCUUUGGGGAGUUGCAGCGAUGAGAGACAAGAUUGAAAAAGGGGAUUUAAUAAAGGGAGAAUGUCCACUCACCAUCACAUUGUUCCAAAUAUAGUGUUUUAAUACAUAUUGGAACCAUCUUACAGAUCUCAUUCACACUGUUCGUUUUUUCAACAACAACAACAACAACAAUAAAUACAUGUAAAAUGUAGAGAUGUUAUAAAACCUCCAGGAUAAAAAAGACUGACGCAUUGCUGUUGAUCCAUCCUUCGUUAUAGUAGGCCUAUAGGGUAACGGUAGCCUAUAGAGGGCUUGGGUUUAAAAAAUAUGAAACAGAAAACAAGCAAUCGUUACAGGAAAAUAACUUCUAAAUAUGAGGUUCACAGGUAUUCACUGAGGUUCUCAUCUCUCUUUAGAUGGGCAUGGACACAUGUAGGGUUUUACACAUGUCCAAAGCAUGGCUAAAAUAAUGUACGGCUGCCUACAAUACAUAGACAAAAAGGGAAUGUCAGCUCAUUGUUUUGCUCCUCAAACUUGAUCUUUUAAUAAAGCUUUGGUGAUUAAGAUUGAUUUCUAAGAGGUCUCACUGAGCCAAACCCUUUAUAUGGUCUUGACUAGCUUGACUUGAUUACAUUGGGCAGGACAAAAAGAAAACAGGCUUCAUUGAGAGGAGGGGAGGCUAUGCUUGGUUUUUAAUAAAAUGAAACAAAAUGGGGGGAAAAUAUAGUGUUUUAUGUUUUUAAAUACUAAGAAGGCCUAUACAGGCACCAAAAGAACAUUACUCUUGUUCCAUGCGCAUAUGGGCAGUGUGCAUCACGGCUGGAUAGGCUGCGUUUUCACUGUCAAAAUUCAUGCCAUAACCAACCGCAUAACCGCUAAAACCAGUUUUUGUUUGGUCUUAAAUAUCCCUUCCAGCACUCCCUGAAAUUAGCACUUUGAUCAUGUUUUUAAGGACGCACCUCAAAUAUUUCCACCCCUCCCAUCUGAGUGCAAGCAAGCUGAUAUAAGAGAGGUACAUUACCAAUCCUUGCGCAAUAGUUGAACAAUAGCAGAGCGCAAAUUAACGUGCGUUUGACACUAGUGCUGCCUUAACGGCAGCCCAAAAUAGAGUCAUAUCAGUGAAAUGCAGAGAAUGUUUACUGUUUAUACUUCACCCUGUCCCCCCUGCUAGUGUAUCCCACUGCACCCUGUCCCCCCUGCUAGUGUAUCCCACUGCACCCUAUCCCCACUGCUAGUGUAUCCCACUUCACCCUGUCCCCACUGCUAGUGUAUCCCACUUCACCCUGUCCCCACUGCUAGUGUAUCCCACUUCACCCUGUCCCCCCUGCUAGUGUAUCCCACUUCACCCUGUCCCCCCUGCUAGUGUAUCCCACUUCACCCUGUCCCCCCUGCUAGUGUAUCCCACUGCACCCUAUCCCCCCUGCUAGUGUAUCCCACUUCACCCUGUCCCCCCUGCUAGUGUAUCCCACUUCACCCUGUCCCCCCUGCUAGUGUAUCCCACUUCACCCUGUCCCCCCUGCUAGUGUAUCCCACUGCACCCUAUCCCCCCUGCUAGUGUAUCCCACUUCACCCUGUCCCCCCUGCUAGUGUAUCCCACUUCACCCUGUCCCCACUGCUAGUGUAUCCCACUUCACCCUGUCCCCCCUGCUAGUGUAUCCCACUUCACCCUGUCCCCCCUGCUAGUGUAUCCCACUUCACCCUGUCCCCCCUGCUAGUGUAUCCCACUUCACCCUGUCCCCCCUGCUAGUGUAUCCCACUUCACCCUGUCCCCCCUGCUAGUGUAUCCCACUUCACCCUGUCCCCCCUGCUAGUGUAUCCCACUUCACCCUGUCCCCACUGCUAGUGUAUCCCACUGCACCCUAUCCCCCCUGCUAGUGUAUCCCACUUCACCCUGUCCCCCCUGCUAGUGUAUCCCACUGCACCCUAUCCCCCCUGCUAGUGUAUCCCACUUCACCCUGUCCCCCCUGCUAGUGUAUCCCACUUCACCCUGUCCCCACUGCUAGUGUAUCCCACUUCACCCUGUCCCCACUGCUAGUGUAUCCCACUUUGUGAAUGUUUAGUGUAUACAGUGUAUUCGGAAAGUAUUCAGACCCCUUGACUUCCACAUGUUGUUACGUUACAGACUUAUUCUAAAAUUGAUUAAAUCGUUUUUUCCCUCAUCAAUCUACACACAAUACCCCAUAAUGACAAAGCAAAAACAGGUUUUAAUAAAUUUUUGUAAAUGUAUAUAAAAAUUUAACAGAAAUACCUUAUUUACAUAAGUAUUCAGACCAUUUACUCAGUACUUUGUUGAAGCACCUUUUGCAGCAAUUACAGCCUCGAGUCCUCUUGGGUAUGAAGCUACAAGCUUGGUAAACCUGUAUUUGGGGAGUUUCUCCAAUUCUUCUCUGCAGAUCGUCUCAAGCUCUGUCAGGUUGGAUGGAGAGCAUCGCUGCACAGCUAUUUUCAGGUUUCUCCAGAGAUGUUCGAUUGGGUUCAAGUCCAGGCUCAGGCUGUGCCGCUCAAGGACAUUCAGAGACGUGCCGAAGCCACUCCUGUGUUGUCUUGGCUGUGUGCUUAGGGUCGUUGUCCUGUUGGAAGGUGAACCUUCACCCCAGUCUGAGGUCUUGAGCACUCUGGAGCAUGUUUUCAUUAAGGAUCUCCCUGUACUUUGCUCCGUUCAUCUUUCCCUCGACCCUGACUAGUCUCCCAGUCCCUGCCGCUGAAAAACAUCCCCCCAGCAUGAUGCUGCCACCACCAUGCUUCACCGUAGGCAUGGUGGCAGGUUUUCUCCAGACGUGACGCUUGGCAUUCAGGCCAAAGAGUUCAAUCUUGUUUCAUCAGCAGAGAAUCUUGUUUGUCAUGGUCUGAGAGUCUUUAGGUGCCUUUUGGCAAACUCCAAGCAGGCUGUCAUGUACCUUUUUACUGAGGAGUGGCUUCCGUCUGGCCACUCUACCAUAAAGGCCUGAUUGGUGGAGUGCUGCAGAGAUGGUUGUCCUUCUGGAAGGUUCUCCCAUCUCCACAGAGGGGCUCUUUUGCUCUUAAAACAGCCUCAAUUCGUCGGGGCAUGGACUCUGCACCUCCCUGACCAAGGCCAUUCGCCCCCGAUUGCUCAGUUUGGCCGGGCGGCCAGCUCUAGGAAGAGUCUUGGUGGUUCUUCCAUUUAAGAAUGAUGGAAGGCCACUGUGUUCUUGGGGACCUUCAAUGCUGCAGAACAUUUUUAGUACCCUUCUCCAAAUCUGUGACUCGACACAAUCCUGUCUCGGAGCUCUAUGGACAAUUCCUUCGACCUCAUAGCUUAGGUUUUUGCUCUGACAUGUACUGUCAACUCUGGGACCUUAUAUAGUCAGAUGGGUGCCUUUCCAAAUCAUGUCCAAUCAUUUGAAUUUACCACAGGUGGACUCCAAUCAAGUUGUAGAAACAUCUCAAGGAUGAUCAAUGGAAACAGGAUGCACCUGUGCUCAAUUUCGAGUCUCAUAGCAAAGAGUCUGAAUACUUAUGUAAAUAAGGUAUUUCAGUUUUUUAUUUGUAAUACAUUUACAGACAUUUCUAAAAACCUGUUUUUGCUUUGUCAUUAUGGGGCAUUGUGUGUAGAAUGAUGAAGAAAACAAUUAAUGUAAUCCAUUUUAGAAUAAGGCUGUAAAGUAACAAAAUGUGGAAAAAGUCAAAGAGUCUGAAUACUUUCCGAAUGCACUGUAUACUUCAUCCCUCCCCACGGAGAAUGUUGACUGACUCCAGCACUUCCUGGUUCUGUCAGCAGUCAUUGUCCUGUUGGAAUGUAUAUCUUCGCCCCAGUCUAAGGUCAUGUACACUCUGAAGCAUGUUCUCGCCAAGGAUUUGCCUCUGUUUGGCUCCAUUUAUUGUUCCCUCUAUCCUUACCAGUCUCCCAUUCUGAUGGUGUUAGACAGGUGAUGAGCUGUGCACUAUGAUCUUAGUAUUUCACUUGCAAACUGUCGUGUGCCUUUUUUUUCUGGAGUGGCUUCCAUCUGGCCACUCUCCCAUAAAGCCCAGAUUGGUGAAGUGCUGUAGAGACUGUUUUCCUUCUGGAAGAUUCUCAGCCAAGGAAAGGGAAAGGGGGAUCUAGUCAGUUAUCUGCCUUGCUCACCUUGCCCUCUUAGGAAUUUGAACCAGCAACCUUGCGGUUACUACCCCAACGCUUUAACCGCUAGGCUGCCACCCAGGGAACUCUGUAGUUCAUCACUCUAGAAAUUGUUUUAUACCCUUCCCAGAUACUGUAUAUGCCUCAUCACAAUUAUAUCUCAGAGAUCUACAGAGUUCCUUGGACUUCAUGGUAUAGUUUCUGUUCUGACAUGGACUGUCAACUGUGGGACCUUACACUGAGUGUACAAAACAUUAAGGACACCUGCUCUUUCCAUGACAUAGACCGACCAGGUGAAUCCAGGUGAAAGCUAUGAUCCCUUAUUGAUGUCACUUGUUAAAUCCACUUCAAUCAGUGUAAAUGAAGGAUACAGGUUUAAAGAAGGAUUUUUAAGUCUUGAGACAAUUGAGACAUGGAUUCAGAGGGGUGAAUGGGCAAGACAAAAUAUUUAAGUGCCUUUAAAUGGGGCGCACCGGUUUGUGUCAAGAACUGCAACGCUUCUGGGUUUUUCACGCUCAACAGUUUCCUGUGUGUAUCAAGAAUGGUCCACCACCCAAAGGACAUCCAGCCAACUUGACACAACUGUGGGAAGCAUUGGAGUCAACAUGGGCCAGCAUCCCUGUGGGACGCUUUUGACACCUUGCAGAGUCCAUGCCCUGACGAAUUGAGGCUGUUUUAAGAGCAAAAGGGCCCUUCAGGUCUUACCCACAUCGGCUACGGAGAGUGUGAUCACACAGUCAUCCAGAACAGGUGGUGCUCUCAUGCAUGGUUCAGUGUUGCUUGUCUCGAAGCUAGCAUAGAAGGAUAGAGUUAUGGUCAGAUUUGCCAAAUGGAGGGCAAAGGAGAGCUUUGUAUGCGUCUCCACAUGAAACAUGACAUAAUUAGGGCUGUUAUGGUGACCUUAUUACUGCCACACUGGUGGUCACGAGUCAUGACGGUAGUCAAAUUCCGCGUGACCGUUUAGUCACGGUAAUUAGGCUUCUCCAAGCUCUGAUGUUGCUGGUGGUCAUAAGUAGCCUACCAAACUUGCUAACUGUCUGGUACUCAGCACUCUAUUGUCACUCUAGUCAUUCUGACAUCAAUGCAAAUGUAAUUGAAAAUCUAAUCAUACACUUCAGGAGAGCCCUUGAGCUCAUGUUGUGCAACAUUUCUAUAGGCUACGCAAUUGCGUGAGAAAACAGAGUGUUGGCCUCUAUUAAAAAUAGGAGGAUCCCAUCAGCAUUCUAUAGGCUAGGCCUACUAUAUUUAUUUCUCAACUUUCCUAAUAUUAAGCACAUUGCUUCUCUUUACAACAGGAGUAUAGCCUACCUGGCUGGCAUGAAAAUGAACCACAGGAAAAGCGUCCUCCAUUCACAAUUUAAGUGCAUAGAUGACAUGUAUUCUUUUCUGCUGCACCUGUUCCGAGACAGGUGCAUGACAACGGUCCAUUCUAAUUCAAAACAAAUUUCACACAUAUAUAUGAUUUAGUAUAUGUAAAGACAAGAUUAAAUCAAGAAUAGUGUGAUGGGGGUGACAAUAUUAGCCUAUCACUUGUAAAUUAUAUAUUAUCACUUGUGAAUGAUGCCCAGCUUAAGGCAAUAAACUUUUUUUGGCGUCUUUUUCUAAUCAUAGUCGCACAUCUCAAGUAGCCUAGCCCAUAUGUUUUGAUAAGGUUUGUAUCACAACUAAAGUGGCCAAAUAACUUCUUAAAAUGAAGCACAUUAAUCCGCUUUACAACGGGUGUAGAUCCUAACUGGCAUACAUACGCAUGAGUUUCAAGUUUGGGGAAGAUAAUUUUCACCAUACAAAUGCGCCUUUAUAAUAAAAGUAUUACAUGCAUAAUCACAUUUGUGGUCACUUUCGAGAAUGGUGUUUUCCUGCUAAUGGAACAUUUGUGCUUAUAGCCUACUGCUGUGUGUGCAUUGCUGCGCUUAUAAUGUGAAGAAAUAGUCGACUAGUUUAUCAACAUUUUAAGCUAAACGUUCUCAUCUGUUGCGUCAGGCUCAUUGCUUAAAACAGGUUUUUUGAUGUUAGUGGUUGUAUUAAUUUGGAAUCUAUCUCAUCCUACAACUGUCCCAGACUAUGUUUGGAAUAUUUAUUUAUUGCACAGAAUAGAAUAGGUCAACUUUUGUACUAUGGGGGAUAGUAGAUUGACAUAGGCUAGUGCUUUUGCUGUUCGUUAGGCCUACUCAUCUUGUUGGCUGACGAAAAGUAAAUGUGGACAGUUCUUCCAAUAUCUUCAAUAUGCACCUCGGAAUUGAAUAAGGAUGCGCGCAUUUGCGUCCCCAAUGUGUCUGUCUUCACUUGUAGCCUGUGAGAAAGACCCGAUCACGUGAUGGAGAGCCAUGCGAGUGAGAGGUGCUUUGGCACGCAGCCGGGAGAAGGGAAUUGUAAUUGUUAUAUUCAGCCCAAGGGCAUAAUGGCCACUGGCCGCAAAAGGCAUGGAUUUUUUUUAGGGGGCAUUACGGCCACACAAAGGGGAUGCAGCUGGGAAAUUCGAGGCAUUGUCAAGUGCUUGUCAAAUUGUGAUUAAGUGACUGAUGACGUGUGUACAGCCUGCACAAAAAACAAAGCAGAGCUCAUGCCUUUCAUGCAACCUUUUUCAAAUCAUGUCAUUAGAGUCACAUCAUGCAGCCUUAGAAUGUAUUCAAAGUCAAAACAUAUAACCCAACAUUUGUAUCACAACUAAAGUUGCAUAAAUAACUCUAAAUUAAGCAUAUAGGAGGACGUUUGCUCUUUGUCAACACAGAAUAGCCGCAUGUUGCAUGUUGCAUGUUGCGUUUAUAUUUUUGUUCAGUAUAAUUCCUUUCAGCCAGUCAUCACUCAUUUGUGUCAGUGCUGAGCAUGUUGAGUCCAUCCCUAUAAACUGAAAGUCAGUUGUCUGUUAUUGUUUUCUGUCAAAUAACUUUGUAUUUGAUCAAACCAUUUCUUUUUCAAAAGUUUGCUAAGCACUUGUAACAGGCUGAUUGGUCGGCUGUUUGAAUCAUUAAGGGUGCUCUGCUAUUCUUGGGUAGCCGAAUGACCUUUGCCUCCCUCCAUGUCGGAGGGGACACACCGUCUUCUAGGCUUGUGGUGUUAAAUACACAGCUAUCUUGGUAAAUAGUAUGGUCUACAGCUUAUCAUGAGGUAUUCUUACUCAGGUGAGCAGAACCUCGAGACUUCCUUAAUAUUAGAGAUUGCGCACCAGCUGUUGUUAACAGAGACACACACCUCCCCCCUUGAUCUUAUCCGGGGUAGAUGUAUAUUGUCCGUGUCUUCGUUCAGCCACGACUCCGAGAAACAUGGGAUAUUACAGUUCUUCAGAUUCCAUUGAUAUGAUAGUCUCGAACAGAGCUCGUCCAGUUUGUUCUCUUGCACGUUCGCCAAAAGAACAGAGGGUAGAGGCGGUUUAUGUACUCGCCAAUGUAGUUUUGUCAGGGUGUCCGCACGUCGGCCUCUCUCGCGCUGUCUCUUUCUCUUCCGAGUGUCGGGAAUCAGUGCCUGUUCCGGGGUGAGCAGUAUGUCCUGUGCCGCCGACUCGUUGAAGUAGAAAUCUUCAUCCAAUACGAGAUUGGUGAUCGCUGUUCUGAUGUCCAGAAGCUCUUUUCGGUCAUAGGAAACAAUGGGGGAAACGUUAAGAUCAGGUCUCAGGUUCAGGAAUGGCUGAAAAAUUAUAACAUUUACCUAAAAUUAACUCUACAAAUAGCACUGUUGGGAUAUUUGGAAAGCCAUAGUCAAUCAAUCAACAAUAUUAUAACAUUUUAGUAAAAAGAUUCAUCUUUAACUUACAAUCUUUGGAUACUGUGAGAUUAGAAAGGUUCAAAAUUCAUGUAAGACAUCACAGCACAGUCGAAAGAUAUGUGGCACGUGAAAAUCUAAAGAGGAUGGUCUACGGAGAUACAUUUAGGUGGGGUGGACUGAGAGUAGCAGAGGGGUGGGAUUAAAAAGCUCAUGAUCAGUAAUAGUUUUGACUGAAACCAUUAUAUAGAUUUCUGAGUACCUAUCCAGUAUCUAUCCAAAAUGUAAUGUGUAUAAUCAAAAAAUAUAUAUAUUUGUUGUCUAAUUACUGUGUAUAAAAGUACCAUGUGUGUAAAAUGUAUAUCUAGCCUAACCAAAACAAGUCGAAAAAAACAGGGCCAAUAAUAAAACAAAUAAAGAAAUAAAAACCUAAAUAGCAGAAUUGGUCAGGAGCUCGUAAAACGGCCGCUAUCCAAUCCAGCGCCAUUCUUAACUUGUAGCUGAUUUGAAAAGGUUUAAAAAGGCUCCUGAAGUUUGUCAUUUCCACUUUGAAAUUUCAGACUUGAUUUUCCCUUAUGAAAAUGUCCAUUAAUUAUAUGCAGGAUUAUUUUCCUGCUUGUAGCAAACUGUCUCAAAUUAAGAUCUUACAUGUGUAGUGGCUAUAAAGUGCAGGGAUCCUUUGUGUCCAUGUAUUACAGAAUGAGAUACACAUAUUAAAGUAUUUCUAUUAUGGUUGUAUUGUUUAGGCAUAUCUUCACCAUACAUGAUGGUGAUUUGUGGAUUAUGUUUUAUACUACACAUAUCAUAUGUUAGGCACGCCAGAUUGUGAACAUUGACUACUGGUAUUGUCAUUUUUCCAUAGCCAAUUUGACUGUGGAGGAGAUCAGUGCUUUAUUGAACUCAACUGACGGAUGUAUUCAAAUUCCUGGAGUUGACAUAGAGGCUCUAAUGACUCGGUAAGUGAUAAUGAGUACAGUAGAUAACAAACACAUUAUAAAUAUAUUAUAUCAUAAAUAUAAUCCUCAUGUAAAUACAAUGUUGAUUUUAUUUAUGAUUAUAAACUGUGUGGUUCGCGUCCUGAAUGCUGAUUGACCCGUAGUAUACUGAUUGGCCCGUAUACCACGAGUAUGACAAAACAUGGUAACCAGUAUAUAAUAGCAAUAAGUCACCUCUAGGGUUUGUGGUAUAUGGCCAAUAUACUCUGUGUUGCAUCGUGCCUAAGAACAGCCCUUAGCCAUGGUAUAUUGGCCAUAUACCACACCCCCUCAGGCCUUAUUGCCUAAACAUACAGUGGGGGAAAAAAGUAUUUAGUCAGCCACCAAUUGUGCAAGUUCUCCCACUUAAAAAGAUGAGAGAGGCCUGUAAUUUUCAUCAUAGGUACAUGUCAACUAUGACAGACAAAAUUAGAAAAAAAAUCCAGAAAAUCACAUUGUAGGAUUUUUAAUGAAUUUAUUUGCAAAUUAUGGUGGAAAAUAAGUAUUUGGUCAAUAACAAAAGUUUCUCAAUACUUUGUUAUAUACCCUUUGUUGGCAAUGACACAGGUCAAACAUUUUCUGUAAGUAUUCACAAGGUUUUCACACACUGUUGCUGGUAUUUUGGCCCAUUCUUCCAUGCAGAUCUCCUGUAGAGCAGUGAUGUUUUGGGGCUGUCGCUGGGCAACACAGACUUUCAACUCCCUCCUAAGAUUUUCUAUGGGGUUGAGAUCUGGAGACUGGCUAGGCCACUCCAGGACCUUGAAAUGCUUCUUACGAAGCCACUCCUUCGUUGCCCGGGCGGUGUGUUUGGGAUCAUUGUCAUGCUGAAAGACCCAGCCACGUUUCAUCUUCAAUGCCCUUGCUGAUGGAAGGAGGUUUUCACUCAAAAUCUCACGAUACAUGGCCCCAUUCAUUCUUUCCUUUACACGGAUGCAACUCAGCAUUCUUUGUUCCCCUAACACGACGAGUUGAGUUUUUACCAAAAAGUUAUAUUUUGGUUUCAUCUGACCAUAUGACAUUCUCCCAAUCCUCUUCUGGAUCAUCCAAAUGCACUCUAGCAAACUUCAGACGGGCCUGGACAUGUACUGGCUUAAGCAGGGGGACACGCCUGGCACUGCAGGAUUUGAGUCCCUGGCGGCGUAGUGUGUUACUGAUUGUAGGCUUUGUUACUUUGGUCCCAGCUCUCUGCAGGUCAUUCACUAGGUCCCCCCGUGUGGUUCUGGGAUUUUUGCUCACCGUUCUUGUGAUCAUUUUUACCCCACGGGGUGAUAUCUUGCGUGGAGCUCCAGAUCGAGGGAGAUUAUCAGUGGUCUUGUAUGUCUUCCAUUUCCUAAUAAUUGCUCCCACAGUUGAUUUCUUCAAACCAAGCUGCUUACCUAUUGCAGAUUCAGUCUUCCCAGCCUGGUGCAGGUCUACAAUUUUGUUUCUGGUGUCCUUUGACAGCUCUUUGGUCUUGGCCAUAGUGGAGUUUGGAGUGUGACUGUUUGAGGUUGUGGACAGGUGUCUUUUAUACUGAUAACAAGUUCAAACAGGUGCCAUUAAUACAGGUAACGAGUGGAGGACAGAGGAGCCUCUUAAAGAAGAAGUUACAGGUCUGUGAGAGCCAGAAAUCUUGCUUGUUUGUAGGUGACCAAAUACUUAUUUUCCACCAUAAUUUGCAAAUAAAUUCAUUAAAAAUCCUACAAUGUGAUUUUCUGGAUUUUUUUUCUCAAUUUGUCUGUCAUAGUUGACGUGUACCUAUGAUGAAAAUUACAGGCCUCUCUCAUCUUUUUAAGUGGGAGAACUUGCACAAUUGGUGGCUGACUAAAUACUUUUUUCCCCCACUGUAUACUCUUUGAUGUAUACAUUUGAAUUUCCAGACAUGCCUAUUACUUCAUCGGGAUCGGUUGUGCUGUGUUCCUGCUGGGGACCUUUCAGGUGAUGUUGUUCUUGCUGACAGCCACCAAACAGACCAAACGGAUCCGGGAGAAAUACUUCCAUGCCAUCCUCCACCAGCAGAUGUCCUGGUUUGAUACACACCAGAUAGGAGUUCUCAACGUCAGGUUGACAGAGUAAGUUUGAUACAUUGGAUGAAUGAUUGGGGUUUAUUUUAUAUCAAAGAAAGUGUGAUAUUUUAGCCUAGAUGAUCACAUUGAACAACUACAGAUGUAAACAAUGCUAUUAAGAUUGUCUCAAUAAUCAGGAUUAUGACAGUUUUAGCGCACUGCCAAUCAUUUGACUUUCUACAGUGACAUCAACACAAUCAACGAAGGCCUUGGAGACAAGAUCUGUGUGUUUGUGCAGUUCUUCUGUACCUUCUUGUCAGGGUUCAUCAUUGGUUUCAUCUUCGGCUGGAAGCUGACCCUUGUCAUCCUGGCCGUCAGUCCUCUCCUGGCAGGAUCAGCUGCCGUCUGGUCCAAAGUAAGACUACCAAUGACCUACAAUGAUCUUCAUCCCAAAUGGCACCCUAUUCCCUAUAUAGUGCAUUACUUUGGACCGUAUGGGCCCUCUUCGAAAGUAGUAGACUAUAUAGGGAAUAGGGUGCCAUUUGGGACGCAGACAAAAUAUUGUUUUCAUAUGUGCCACUAAACAGUGGUGGCAUCUCUACUCUUGUGCCCAAACCCAAAUUGACCCCUAGUUUAUACUUAUGACCCCUAGUUUAUACUUAUGACCUCUAGUUUAUAUUUAUCCAAUCCUUCAGAUUUCCACAAUCACAUUUAUUGUAUAAAGCCCUUUUUACCUCAGCAGUGUAAGAUACCGUAUUCAUUAACGUUUGUAUUUGAUUUCAGAUACUUGCCACCCUGACCAGUAAGGAGCUGUCUGCCUAUGCCAAAGCAGGGGCGGUCGCUGAAGAGAUACUAGUGGCUAUCAGGACAGUUGUGGCUUUCAAUGGACAGAAGAAAGCUGUGGAAAGGUUAGUCAGUUAUUAACUCAUUAAUGUGUUGCAUAAAACAGUGUAUCUCUUCCCAUAAUUAUUAAUACAAUCUACCAAAAUCAAGACACAUUCCACAAUUGAUGCAUGUCUUCUAUCUAUUUUAGGUAUGAAAACAACUUGGAGGAUGCUAAAAACUUUGGAAUAAAGAAGGCCAUCACCACUAAUGUGUCCAUGGGCUUCACCCAGUUCGUCAUAUUUGGGACGUACGCCUUGGCUUUCUGGUACGGGACCAAGCUCUCUGUGGACGAGCCUGAAAACUACACCAUUGGAAAAACCAUUACAGUAAGCUUUUAUGGAAGAUCCAAAAGAUAAUUAAAAUGUUAUUGUGAAGAGGCCUCUGCAAUGUCUUCACACCUGUUAUUCUGUCUGGCAUGCAGUAUAAUUUCUUUCUUCAUUACAUUUUUUAUUGCUGUUCAUUUUAGGUCUUCUUCUCAGUGAUGAUUGGGUCGUUCUCUUUGGGCCAGGGUGCUCCUAACUUGGAAGCCAUCGCCAAAGCCCGGGGUGCUGCCUAUGAAGUCUACAAUACCAUUGACCAGGUACCGGAAGUAUCCGGUUUAACCCCCUAAAUCACAAUAGCAUUGAAACUGUAUGAACUCACUCUAACUCACUCAGAACAACAUGAUCUCAAGAAUUCAAGUCAAAUUUAGACGUUUGUCCUACUGCCGUAGUUGAUGUGAGUUGAUUUGUUUGUCAUAGCCGCGGCCCAUAGACAGCAGUUCAAAGGAAGGUCACAAACCAGACUGUGUGAAAGGAGACAUUGAAUUCAAGAACAUCCACUUCAGCUACCCCUCCAGGAAAGAUGUCAAAGUAAGUAGUGGAUUUGAAUCGAACCAGAUCCAGACACUAACCUGUCUCCAAAUGAUUUGUAAAAUGCAAAAUAAGGAAGAAGUUUUGUUGAAUUGUCACAGUUUCCAGUUGGAUUAGCAUACUUGCAUAAAUGAUUACAAAAACAUAAUGACAAGCCGUACAAUAGUAAAAUGACAGAUAAAAAUACAUGUUAAAUACAUUGUGGGAUGUGUUCCCUGUCGCUGUAGAUUCUUCAAGGAGUGAAUCUGACAGUGCCUCGUGGGAAGACCAUAGCUCUGGUUGGAGCCAGUGGAUGUGGGAAGAGCACCACCAUUCAGCUGCUGCAGCGUUUUUAUGAUCCAGACUCAGGAGAGGUAUGAACACAUCUAAUCAAGGUUUAUUCAAAGUGUAUAUAAAGUGCAUUUGAACAGAACCAGAGUGCAUACAGAGUCAUGAAGAAGAGACACAUGUCCCACUAUAAAGACUCCAGAGGAGGCUGGUGGGUGGAGCUAUAAGAGGACGGAAUAAAUUCCUCCAUUACAAUGAGCCCGUCCUCCUAUAGCUCCACCCACCAGCCUCCACUGAAGGACUCACAUGCUUUAUUAUCCAACCUCAGGAGAGGUAUGCAGGACAGGAGUGCAUUUAAAGUUCACUGAACUGACCCAUAGUGCAUACAGAAACUCACAUACACACACACACACACGUGUAAUGUACACACACACACACACACACACACACACACACACACACACACACACACACGUGUAACGUACACACACACACAAACAUUCACUCACGUACACUCAUUCUCAAGUUCUGGUUUAUCAGGUUUAGGGUUGACAUCAGUUCAGUAAAGAGUAAAAUAGUAUUAUAGUGCCCUCUUGUGGAAUAUUGAUAUAUAAUUUGUCAGGAACGCUGCUGGUCUGGGUUGCAUAGCCACGGGUGGUAAAGGGUGUUAAGGCUGCUGCAUCACACCCUGAUAAAUCAAAAAUAAUAAAUACAAUAAUAAUUAUUAUAAUAAUAAACAAAAUUCCCAACUUUAUAACUCCUUUAUGAGCAGAGAAAAAUACUUGUCAGCAAAGCGGAGAAAUUUGCAUGCCUAGUGAAUAUGACCCUGGUUUGUUGUCAGAUUACCCUGGAUGGUCGGGACAUCCGGACCCUGAAUGUGAAGUGGCUGAGGGAGAAUAUGGGUAUCGUCAGUCAGGAACCUGUGCUAUUCGGAACAACCAUCGCAGAGAACAUCCGCUACGGCAGAGAGGAUGCCACAGAUGAGGACAUCGAACGGGCCGUGAGAGAGGCCAACGCAUACGACUUCAUCUCCAAGCUCCCCGAUGUAUGUGGGAUAGGAUACUCACAAAUGACAGCAUACAAUGGCUUCAGUGUUUCACAUGUACUAUACAUUAAAUUAUCUAUGGUGUACAAAUGAUCUGAAGUAAGUACGACAGAAGAUAUUCUGUUGUUUCUAUGGUGACUGUGUUGAAUUGAAAGGUUUUUUGUUUUGUUUUGAAAUUGUAUUUAGAGUAAGGAAAUGGCCGAAUAGUGAUGAUAUUAUCCAAAUGGACAAAUUAAAUAUAAUUAUUGAAUCUCCAUCCCAUUUCAUGUGGCGAUAACAGAAGCUGAACACCAUGGUGGGGGAGCGGGGAGCCCAGCUCAGUGGAGGACAGAAGCAGAGGAUUGCCAUCGCCCGGGCCCUGGUCAAAAAUCCAAAGAUCCUCCUGCUGGACGAGGCCACAUCCGCCCUGGACACCCAGAGUGAGUCGGUCGUCCAGGCCGCUCUGGAUAAGGUCAGUACCCUCCCUGAGGACCAGACCCAUGGUUAAGGUUGUUCUCACACCUGGUUUUGCGCAACCUAAUCUCACAUUUGACGGCAUAGCCUAAUUCUAUUUGCUUGACUGCAGCCUUGCAAAUUCACGUUUGCGGCAGUCGGACAAACGUCAAGAAUCACAAUGAAUCCAUGAGAUCUGGUUGGAAUCCAUCUCAGCGAAAAUGAAGACCUAAUACAACAUUUUAAAAAUUUGGAAUAAAUGAUGACAAUAUUGUCUUCUCCCAAUCCCAUAGGCCAGGGCGGGCCGCACCACGAUAGUGAUCGCCCACCGCCUGUCCACCAUCAGAACAGCUGACGUGAUCGCUGGCUUCAGCAAUGGGGAGGUGGUGGAGCAGGGAACACACAGGGAACUCAUGGCCAGGAAGGGAGUCUACUACUCUCUGGUCAUGCAGCAGGUACUGUAUCCGCCUCACUGAGUCCCAAAUGGCACACUAUUCCUUUUAUAGUGCACUACUUUUGACCAUGGCCCCAACUCUGCCUCAACAGUAGAAUCAGUCAACAUCUAAAUCAUGUUGAUCAGAGUCAUAUUUAGAGCCACAUAUCAUCAGCAUCAGAGCGAUAUACCUUAUCAAGCCUGUGUCUAUAUGAAUGAUGAACAGCAGUAAACAAGCUCUGUGUGUAACAUGAUCAAAUCCACUAUAACACCUUGUCUGUUGUUCAGAGUCAAGGGAAGCACACUAUCAUACCUUGUCUGUUGUUCAGAGUCAAGGGAAACCCACUAUCACACCUUGUCUGUUGUUCAGAGUCAAGGGAAGCCCACUAUCACACCUUGUCUGUUGUUCAGAGUCAAUGGAAGCCCACUAUCAUCACCUUGUCUGUUGUUCAGUCAAGGGAAGCCCACUAUCACACCUUGUCUGUUGUUCAGAGUCAAGGGAAGCCCACUAUCACACCUUGUCUGUUGUUCAGAGUCAAGGGAAGCCCACAAUCAUCACCUUGUCUGUUGUUCAGAGUCAAGGGAAGCCAGAGGAAGAUGAAGAGAACCCUGUGGAAGAAGAGGACAACCCUCCUAAAUAUGAGGAUCUGGAUGAUGUCCUGUAUGACUCUUCUGACAUGGAUGAGCUGGAAGUGGUAAACGAGGAAGGAAUAGAAAAUGGCGGCUUUGAAAGGAACUCAAUCAGCAGUGGCCGCGUGGAAAUGAGACCGACCAAGAAGAAAUCUAAGAAGUCCAAGAAAGACAAGAAGGUACUAUUACAUAGAUUAUCCUUAAGGGAGUAAUAUGACAUCCUUUAUAUGUUAUAUUAUAGGAACAUGGCUUUGUUAUAGUGCUAUUGCUGAACUAUCAUCAUAAGUACUUACUAUAUAAUGUAUGGUAUAUAAUGUAUGGUUUAUAAUGUAUGGUUUAUAAUGUAUGGUUGCAUUCAUUUAUGUUUUAGUCAUUUAGCAGACGCUCUUAUCCAGAGUGACUUAAAGAAGCAAUUAGGGUUAAGUGCCUUGCUCAAGGGCACAUCGACAUAUUUUUCACCUAGUCGGCUCGGAGAUUCGAACCUGCCACCCUACUUUAUAUAGUGAUAGUCUAUCAUCAUCAGAAAUAAGAUCUGUUAUAUCAUGUUGGUCCUUGGUCAUUUAGUUUUGUCAUUGAUGACAAUGUUUGAUGACAGAAGGAAGAGAAACCAGAGGAAGCUCCAGACGUCCCCUUCACCAGAAUCCUGGCCCUGAACAAGCCUGAGUGGCCGUACCUGUUGGUAGGAACCCUGUCUAGCCUGGUGGGGGGAGCCGUUUAUCCCUGCGUCGCCAUCAUCUUCGCCAAGAUCAUUGGAGUAAGUGUUUCACAAGAGCACCACCUUGUGUUCAUAUGAAGUAUUGUUAAAUACUGUAGAGACUACUUACAUUUUCUUGGUGUCUUGAUUGAGUUUGAUUUAAAGGAGGUGGUCUUAUUUUUCCACAUCAUUUAUUUGAUGGUCUUGGUUGGUGGGUUUUGGGUCUUAUUUUCCUAAAUGUCCUGUUCAUUUUAUGUUGUUAUCUAUUUUGGGGGGGUUUCUCUCCACCCCUUGACCUUCUCUAGGUGUUUGCUGAGGUUGACCCGGAAGUCAAACGACAGAGAACUAUGAUGUUUUCACUGCUUUUCCUUCUCAUCGGAGGAGUGGCUUUUGUCACCUACUUCCUAAAGGUUUGCUAAUCUAUAGAUCUAACAUGUGUCCAAAAUGGCACCCUAUGCCCUAUACAGUGCACUACGUCUGACCAGGGCCCAUAGGGUGUCAUUUGGGACACACUUUAAAGUACAAUUCUGUAUCUAUCUCAAAGCCUUAAUACGUUGUGGGUAUAACUGGUUGGGUAAAUCUCUGCUGUUUCAGGGUUACAUGUUUGGAAAAUCAGGGGAACUUCUUACCAUGAGGCUGAGGAGGCAGGUAUUCCUUGCCAUGAUGAGACAGGUAGGACAAACUGUCAUGCAGGAAAAUAAAUACUUCAGACAUUGUACAUAAAUUCAAAAAGACUGACUUGUCAUUUUUAAUUGGCUUUACUGUAUUGAUAAUACACAAAAAAAGGACGAUUCUGAACUGCCACUUUGCUGUGUUUUGCCUCAGAAUCUUGCUAAAAUGAUGAUUCUGAACUGCCACUUUGUAGUGUUUUGCCUCAGAACCUUUCUAAAUUGCUUUCCUUACAGGAGAUUGGAUGGUUUGAUGACAACAACAAUGCAGUGGGAGUUCUAACCACCAGAUUGGCCACAGAUGCAUCACUGGUAAAAGGGGUAAGCACAAUGCCCUGAUGUACACAUUGAGCUAGCAAUCAAAACCUAUCACAUCAAGUCAAUGUCAAUUCAGAAUCAUUCUACUGUACAAAUCUUUGAAAAUAUCUACCUGUACAUAUGCUUCUAUGUAUUUGUGACCAUUUACAUUUACAUCAUUUAGAGUUCCAAUGUCUGAGAAUGGAUGGAUCCAACUUGUUUCCUCUCUCCUCACCACCAGGCGACUGGGUCUAGGUUGGGUCUGGCCACCAACACAGUGUGUGCUCUCACCAUCGCCAUCGUGGUGGCCUUCAUCCACAGCUGGCAGCUCACCCUCCUCAUCCUCGCCUGUGUGCCCUUCCUCAUCGGAGCCAACAUCAUUCAGAUGAGGGCCAUGGCAGGCCACGCCUCCAAAGACCAGGGUGCCCUGGAACAGUCUGGGAAGGUAAACAUCAACCUUCUAUUGCAAUUAGGGUUGCAAAAUUCCGGUAAUGUUCCCAAAAUUCCCAGGUUUUCCAGUAAUCCCAGUUCUAGGUUUUUCCGGAAUCAGGAGGGAAUCAGCAGGAAAUCAGGGAAACCUUCAAACAGGAUAUCUGGAUAACAGGGAAUUUCGGGAAGGUUACUGCUAUUAUGCAACCCUAAUUGCAAUGCACUUUGGGACAGUGGCCUAUAUCAGUGUGUGAUACCAUUUGUUCAAAUAAAAUGUUCAUAUAUGUUUGUAGAUAUCUACUGAGACCGUUGAAAACUUCAAGACGGUUGUUGGAUUGACACGGGAGGACGUCUUCUUUCACAAGUUCAUGGACAGUCUAGAAAGACCAUACAAGUAAGAAUACAAUUAUUCACAUUGUUUAUAGACUCAGCUUUUGGAUUGCUUGACCUCAUAAACGACAAUCAAGUACUGAUUUGGUUUCAAUUGAAUACAUCAGGAACGGUUUGGUGAAGGCACCCAUCUACGGACUAACAUUUGCCAUUGCCCAAGCAAUCCCUUACAUGGUCAACGCUGCAAUCUUCCGUUUUGGGUCCUGGCUUAUUGCUCACUGUUACACAGAAUAUGAAAAUGUUUUCCUGUGAGUAUACAUACUGCUACUGUUACAGUAUAUCCUCAUCUAAAUAAAUACACUCACACCAGGGUUGGAGUCAAUUCCACUUAAAUUCCAGUAAAUUCAGGAAGUACACUGAGAUUUUAAUUCCAGUUCUCUUCAAUGCUUUUCAAUUAGGAAAAUGUGGAAUUGGAAUUGGGUUUACUUUUUGAAUUGACGGCAAUUGAAAUGGAAUGUACCCCAACCCUGACUAGAACCCCUGGCUGCCACAUUGUCACUACACAGUAAUAUAAUAAUAAUAAUAAUAAUAAUAAUAAUAAUACCCUCCAAAAUAAUAAUAGUUUGGAGGGUGCUUACAUUUGUCCUAUUUCACACAUGUACAAGUGUGUAUUAAUGCGCAUGUGUGAAUUGUAAAUGUGUUUUUUGCAUAUUCCAAAUCUCCCCGAGACACCCUCGUUGAGUUGGGUCAUGGCCAGGGUCUGCCAAUAUAGUGGCAGUGAUAGUACAACAUUGUCCUUUUCUUUCGCAGUGUGUUUUCCGUGAUUAUAUUUGCUGCCAUGAACAUAGGAGAGUCUGCGUCUUUUGCUCCUGACUUUGCCAAGGCGAAAGCAGCAGCAGGGAGAAUUCUUGGCUUGUUGGAGAAGAAACCAGAGAUUGACAUUUACAGUGAGGAGGGAGGGAAGCCAGUGAGUGAGCUAUGAUGCGUCUUACUCCAAUACAAACAAACAAACAAUGAUAUAACAUUGUUUUCUUUCUGGAACAAAAAUGUUGUCUUUUCCAGACGGACAUUGCCGGGGACAUUGAGUUCCGAGGGAUCCACUUUGCAUACCCGACCCGUCAGAACGUAAGGGUUCUCCAGGGGUUGAACGUGUCAGUGGGGCCUGGUCAGACCCUGGCGCUCGUCGGGGAGAGUGGCUGUGGGAAAAGCACCUCCAUACAACUACUAGAGCGCUUCUAUAGCCCUGCUGAAGGACAAGUGGUGAGACAACCACAAAAAUAAUAAAAUAAUACAUGUAAUGUAAAACACGCUUUUCAAAACUAUUUCAAGGUGCUAAACCAGUAUACUGUGUAUUAGAAUGCAACAAAUAUAGUAAAACUGUAAGGCCACUUUUUAGCAUUUUAAUAUUUGUAACAUUAUGGAUUAUUAACUCCUUUGGUAUUCCAAGAUGUUACUUCUUUUUAAUCUGAACAUUUAAACAUUCUAAUCCUAACUCUGUAGUAUUAUUGGGGUGUCUCAGUUAGUGAAGGGGUUGACCUAAAUUUGUGGUAUUAUUGUGGUGUCUCAGUUAGUGAAGGGGUUGACCUAAAUCUGUGGUAUUUUUGUGGUGUCUCAGUUAGUGGAUGGGUUGGAUACUAAGAGCCUGAACCUGUCGUGGCUGAGGUCUCAGCUGGGCCUGGUGUCCCAGGAGCCCAUCCUGUUCGACUGCAGCAUCUCAGAGAACAUCCAGUACGGGGACAACAGCAGAGAGGUCUCCCAGGACGAGAUAGAGGAGGCAGCCAAGAACGCCAACAUCCACAACUUCAUCAUGGGCCUGCCAGAGGUAUAGAAACAGUAUAGUGAGGGAGAUGGGAGGAGAGAUGAUAGGCUGUAGCUGUAGGAUGAUAUUUGAAGUCUUCUCAAAAGGGAUCCCAAAAAUGUCAGUGGUGAGGUCACAGUAGAACUUAAACUAAUGUCUCUCUACAGAUAUUCAUAUACAAUAGCUAUUGACUAGCCCGAGACUGGCUAUUAUGACUUAGAAUUUGGCUGCUGGAAAUUUAUAUUUUAAAAGUGUUCAAUAUAGACACACUAUAAAUUGUGUUGUUGUUGUUGUUUUGUCAGAAAUACAACACCAGGGUUGGGGACAAGGGGACCCAGAUGUCUGGAGGUCAGAAACAGAGGAUAGCCAUCGCCAGAGCCCUGGUCAGACAGCCUAAAGUACUGCUGCUGGAUGAAGCCACUUCCGCCCUGGACACUGAGAGUGAGAAGGUAAGUCACAUGGACAUUGAGUGUUGGCCAUCUCAUUUUCUAUCUAUUAAUUAAUUAAUUAAUUAAUGAAUUAAUGAAUGGCCUGGUGACGGGCGGCAACACACAAAAGCUUAUCUUCACACAGUAUGGCCUCUCCCUCCUUCCCAAAUAACCUCUCUGUCUCUCUGUUUCCUCCCUCCCUCCCUCCCUCCUUCCCCCUCUCCCUCUCUCCCUCACUCUCCCUCCCUCCCUCCCCCAGAUUGUCCAGCAGGCCUUAGACGCCGCCCGGCAGGGCCGCACCUGCAUCGUGAUCGCCCACCGCCUGUCUACCAUCCAGAACGCAGACCAAAUAGCGGUCAUUCAGUAUGGUCAGGUGACAGAACAGGGUACACAUGCUGACCUCAUGGCUAAAGAGGGGGCUUACUAUGCCCUGGUCAACGCACAGGUCACCCACUAACUCAUAUUCAGAUUGACGUUUUUGCUGCAUAUGUACUGUUCUGUUGAAUGUUGUUUUGUGAGCUCUUUUUAUUGAGCUGCCCUUCUUGGCCAGGUCCCCCUUGAGAAAGAGGUAUCCUGUCCAUAAUGGGACUUCCUGGUUAAAUGAAGGUUAUAUAUAAAAAUGAAUAAAAAAUAAGGACUCUAUAUGGAUAAUGGUAUGGCAGCCAAACUCACUUUGAAUGGACUGCUAAAUGAUGUUCAAUUGUAUGAUACAAACUGUCUCAGUGUCAAUCAGUAGGUGGUGCACUGAAAUGUAGCCUAUUGGUUUACUGUGCUAUUGGGUUACUGUG